UCUCUAUAGCUUUAGGUUUUCUAUACUCAGCGUUUUUUUCGCUUGUUCUACGCAUUAGGGUUUUUGCGAGAUUUCUCUGAAGAAUUCCUUUCCCGUCAAUCGCUUUCCAUGGAUCUUUCCGACCUAAACUCAGCUGAUAUGCAGAGAUUUUACUCUGAAGAACAACAAAGAGCCAUGAUUAAUGAAAUGGUGGCAAAGAUGACCAGUGAAUGCUGGGACAAAUGCAUCACAGGUACACCUGGGAAUAAGUUCAGUUCCAGUGAAACUAAUUGCCUUACACACUGUGCACAGCGUUACAUGGAGAUGAGCAUGCUUAUCAUGAAGCGGUUUCAGAGUAUGCAAUGAAGAUCAAUGGUCAUCAAUGUGCUUUAUUAAUUACCAAACACUGUCUCAAAUUUCUCCCUUUUAUAAUCAUCAAUCCCAUCACUGUUUAGAAAGUUUUCGAUUUUUUUUCUUUUUAUAUUGGGUUGAAACCGUUGUCAGAAUAUUUAGUUUACUUUUCCGCAUAGUUGAUGAUAAAAUGCUUGUUUGACUGAUGAAGGGUUGGAUGAAUUGUAAGCCAUUUUCAGUUUUAAACUGUUAUGCAAGAACAAAAAUUUAUUCAUGUGUGAAAAAUAUUAUAAUAGUGCUGACAUAUUGUCAACA